AACAAUUUUCUGAGAAAAAGAUGAGUUUCAACAAAACCAAGGAAGUUAUAGAAGAAGGAGAUGUGGUUAUUCUGUACUUGAAUCCCAAGAGCAUGCAUUCCUUGGAAGUGAAAGCAAAAGUUUCAAACAAGAAAGGAGAGAUUGUAAACAAUGUGUUUCAAACCGUGUACGGCGCGUUGAAAGUCAUUUCACUUGUCGGACAGAAGUACGGCUCGAAAGUGAAGCUUACCCGUGGCUGGGCUUACGUGUUGCAACCCACACCGGAGUUGUGGACGCUGACGUUACCGCACAGAACCCAGAUUGUUUACAGUCCGGAUAUCAGUCUCAUAACGUAUCUCAUGGAUCUCAGACCUGGAAGUAUAAUUAUCGAAACAGGUACCGGCAGCGGCUCCCUGUCCCACUCGCUGAUUCGAACGAUACGUCCGCACGGAUACUUGUACACUUUUGAUUUUCACGAGCAACGCGUGUCCCAAGUUAGCGCGGAAUUCGAGAGACACGGCCUGAGCGAUUUUGUCACCGUGCAAAAACGGGACGUUUACACGGAAGGAUUUGGCGAGAACUUGAAGCACACAGUUGACGCCGUCUUCUUAGAUCUUCCACAUCCGUGGUUCGCCAUAAAGCACGCUGUUGUUGCCUUAAAAAACACGGGUGGAAAACUCUGUUCCUUUUCUCCUUGUAUCGAGCAGGUUCAGCGCACCUGUUCGACACUGACUUACGAGGGAUUUACAGACUUGAGCACGUAUGAAUGUUUACAAAGAGAAGUUAAUGUUCAGUACAGAUUUUUGUCGGUACUAGAUUUGGAAAGUCUCAAGUACAAACACACGAACGACGAUGUAGAGACAAAAAAUGAAAAGGGGGAGAAACAAGAAGAGAAACUCCUCACAGCCGCUCACAUUCACUCGUUACCCGGCCAUACGGGUUUUAUUACCGUCGCGACGUUACCUCCACGAAUACUCAAUAAAAAAACACUGAUUGAAUAGUGUAUUUUUGUUAAUUAUUUA